AUGGCGGAACCCCGGGAGGAAUCGGAGCCCCUUCUGAGCCGGACCCGCGGCGGCAGUGCCCGCCAUUUCCCGGCGGGCGUACCCUCUUGUCACAGCGUCCAAGUCGGCCCUGGUGCCGUGGCCAGGCGGGAUCUGUGCUUGGACCAGGCUGCGGUGUUCAUCGAAGACGCCAUCCAGUAUCGCUCCAUCAACCACCGCGUGGACGCCAGGUCUCUGUGGCUGUACCGAUGGUACUACUCCAGCACGAGCCAGUGGAUUCUGAGCUUCACCACUUUCUUGAUCCUGGCUUUGGCUUUUAUUGAGACCCCCUCCUCACUCACCAGCACCUCUGAUGUGCGCUACCGCCCGGCCCCCUGGGAGCCGCCCUGCGGCCUGACUGAGGGCGUCGAGGCACUCUGCCUGCUGGUCUUCGCGGCCGACGUCUCCGUGAAGAGCUACCUGGUUGGGUGGGCCCAGUUUCGGAAGAACCCCUGGCUGCUGGCCUACCUCGUGGUGCUGCUCGUGUCUCUCCUGGACUGGACCGUGUCGCUGAGCCUCAUUUGUCAGGAGCCCGUGCGGGUGCGCCGGCUCCUGCGCCCCUUCUUCCUGAUGCAGAGCUCCUCCAUGAUGAAGAAGACGCUCAAGUGCAUCAGGUGGUCGCUGCCAGAGAUGGCCAGCGUUGGGCUGCUGCUGGCCGCCCACCUGGGCCUCUUCACCGUGCUGGCGAUGCUGCUGCUUCCCUGCGAGAAGCGCUGCCACGUCCGUUCGCAGGACGACAGGCGGGACAGGCAGCGGCUGACCUACUUCCGCAACCUGCCCGAGGCUCUGACCUCCCUCCUGGUGUUGCUCACCACCGCCAACAGCCCUGAUGUGAUGAUUCCUGCCUAUUCCAAGAACCGGCUCUACGCCAUCUUUUUCAUAGCCUUCACCCUGAUAGGGAGCUUGUUUUUGAUGAACCUGCUGACGGCCGUCAUCUACAACCAGUUCCGGGGCUACCUGAUGAAGUCUCUGCAGACCUCACUGUUGCGGAGGUGCCUGGGCAUCCGGGCUGCCUACAAGGUCCUCUCGUCCAUGACGGCAGAGGGAGAAGCCCACCCCGAGGGAGUCGGGGUGAAGCCCCAGGACUUCCUGCAGGUGCUUCAGAAGGUCCAGCUGGACCGUGACCACAAACAGGCCAUCGCGGAGAAGCUGCGUUCCCGCAGUGGGGACCUGCUGUCAGCUGACAAGUUUCAGAAGCUCUUCGAUGAGUUUGACAGAAGGGUGAUUAAAGAGCACCCGCCGCGGCCCGAGUACCAGUCUCCGUUUCUGCAGAGCGCCCAGUUCCUCUUUGGCCACCACUACUUUGACUACCUGGGCAACCUCAUGGCCCUGGGAAACCUCGUGACCAUCUGUGUGUUCCUGGUGUUGGAUGCAGAUGUGCUGCCCGAGGACCGUGACGACUUCGUGCUGGGGAUUCUCAACUGCGUCUUCAUCCUGUACUACCUGCUGGAGAUGCUGCUCAAGGUGUUUGCUCUGGGCCUGCGGAGGUACCUGGUCUCCUCCAGCAAUGUGUUCGACGGGCUACUCACCGCCGUCCUGCUGGUUUUGGAGAUCUCAACUCUGGCUGUGCACCGCUUCCCACACCCGGGCUGGAAGCCAGAGGCGCUGGGCCUGCUGUCGCUGUGGGACAUGACCCGGCUGGUGAACGUGUUCAUAGCCUUCCGCUUCUUGCGCAUCAUUCCCAGCAUGGAGCUGAUGGCUGUAGUGGCUAGUACCAUCCUGGACCUGAUCAAAAACAUGCGGGCUUUCGGUGGGAUCCUGGUGGGGGUCUACUACAUUUUUGCCAUCAUCGGCAUCAUCCUGUUCCGAGGUGUCAUCGUGCCUCCUGGAAACAGCAGCCUGGCCCCUGACAACGGCUCCGCGCCCUGCGGGAGCUUCGAGCAGCUGGAGUACUGGACCAACAACUUUGACGACUUUGCGGCCGCCCUGGUCACUCUGUGGGAUGUGAUGGUCGUGAACAACUGGCAGGUGUUUCUGGAUGCCUUCCGGCGCUACGCGGGCCCGUGGUCCAAGAUCUAUUUUGUGCUGUGGUGGCUGGUGUCGUCCGUCAUCUGGGUCAACCUGCUCCUGGCUCUGAUUCUGGAGAACUUCCUUCACAAGUGGGACCGCCGCAGUCACCUGCAGUCCCUCACAGGGGACCUAGAGGCCACCUCUGAGGUGACCGUGGAGCUCCUGUUCAGGGAUGUCCUGGAGGAGCCCACGGAGGAAGAGCUGACAGAGAAGCUGAGCCACCACCCGCACCUGCAGCUGUGCAGGUGA